AUGGUUGAAGCUAAAGCUCAGACUCUGCACGACUGUGCAAUCCUCGCCAUAAUCAGCAUUUUUGGACUUUCUUACUUUUACCUCUUUAUGAUUCAUUUCUUACUCUUCCACUUCCCCUCAUCCCCGGGAGGGAUUCUUGACUCACUGUCGGUGCUCGCCUAUUGUGCAGGUGUCAUCCUCUGGUGCUUGUCCAGCCUGGUAUAUCGUAUCCUAUACGCAUCCCACGGCAGUGAUGCGGCAGAGUGGGAAAAGCUGGAGCUUGGAAGCGUUUUGGUCCUGAUUUGGACGACUACUAUUCCUUCCGUGGUGUUGCUGUUCCGUGCCCAGCCUUCCCUCCAGCUCGGGUACCUAGCGGCCUUCACCGUCGUUGCUGUCGGGACUCUGGUGGACUUCCUGGUCUGGGAUCCCAGAAUCUGUGCAGCGCGGUACCGUUUCCCGUACAGUUGUGUCUCGUUGGGCUUACUUUCGCUGAUACCAACCAUCUAUACCUUGACCGGGACAUUUCAAAUCCCCCCACUAUUGGCGGUACAUUUUGGUCGAGUCGCCAUCUGGAAUUCUCUUGGGGCUGUCUUUUAUCUGCUUCGGCCGUUGGAGAGGAUGGGCGUGGUGAAUGGUUGGCGGCCCAGUCUGUAUUUGAUGCACUUGGUCCUGGCCUACAGCGCUGUCACUUAUUCGAGGGUUAUCCUGCAUACGGUGCUUGAGUAUGCAGCGUAG